AUGGGGAAGGUGUCGCUUCUGGUGCUGCUGCUGGUUUUGCGGACAAUCCUGGAAGGCAAGCAGCGCCCUUCCCCGCUCUGCGAGUGCUAUCAGGAGGGCAACUUCCGAGUUACCUGCAAGGAUAUCCACUUCAUUCCCAGCCUCCCUCAGAAUACCCAGACAUUGAAGUUCACAGAGACUCAUCUGAAAACCAUUCCUAGUGAUGCGUUUGCAAGUCUGCCCAACAUUUCCAGAAUCUACUUAUCCAUAGAUGUAACUCUACAAAGACUGGAGGCCCAUUCAUUCUACAAUUUGAGUAAGAUGACUCAUAUAGAAAUUCGAAAUACUAGGAGCUUAACUUCCAUAGAUCCUGAUGCCCUAAAAGACCUGCCUCUCUUAAAAUUCCUUGGCAUUUUCAAUACUGGACUUAAAAUAUUUCCUGACCUUACCAAAAUUGAUUCAGCUGAUGUGUUCUUUAUACUGGAAAUUACAGAUAACCCUUUUAUAACUUCGAUUCCUGGGAAUGCUUUCCAAGGGCUGUGCAAUGAGACCUUAACUUUGAAACUCUAUAAUAAUGGCUUCACCUGGGUCCAAGGACAUGCCUUCAAUGGGACAAAGUUGGAUGCUGUUUACUUAAAUAAGAACAAAUAUCUGACCGUGAUCGAUGAAGAUGCUUUUUUGGGAGUACACAGUGGACCUACCCUGCUGGACAUCUCUUACACUAGUGUUACUGCCCUACCACCUAAGGGUCUGGAGUAUCUGAAAGAACUGAUAGCAAGAAACACUUGGACUCUUAAGAAGCUUCCCUUUUCUUUGAGUUUCCUUCACCUGACACGGGCUGACCUGUCCUAUCCAAGUCACUGCUGCGCUUUCAAGAAUAGAAAGAAAAACAAAGGAAUCCUUGAGUCGCUAAUGUGCAACCAGAGCAGCAUUCAGAGCUUGCGUCAGAAGAAAUCUGUCAAUGCCUUGAAUGGUCCCUUCUACCAGGACUACGCAGAGGAACCGAACCACACAAAUGCAUUGUAUGAGGGAGACUCCACAGUACAGGAUUUCCACAGCAAUUCCCAUUAUUAUGUCUUCUUUGAAGAACAGGAGGAUGAGAAUAUUGGAUUUGGUCAAGAACUUAAAAACCCUCAAGAGCUGAUUAUACAGGCAUUUGAUAGCCAUUAUGACUAUACUGUGUGCGGAGGCAAUGAAGAUGUGGCAUGCUCCCCAGAGCCAGACGAAUUCAACCCCUGUGAAGAUAUAAUGGGAUAUAAGUUUCUUAGAAUUAUAGUGUGGUUUGUCAACCUGCUGGCUCUCCUUGGAAACUUCUUUGUCUUGUUUAUUAUCCUUACCAGCCACUACAAACUUACUGUCCCACGCUUCCUCAUGUGCAACUUGGCCUUCGCUGACUUCUGUAUGGGGAUCUACCUGCUCCUUAUUUCUUCUGUUGACCUCUAUACCCGCUCUGAGUACUACAACUAUGCCAUCGACUGGCAGACUGGCUCUGGUUGCAACACGGCUGGAUUUUUCACUGUUUUUGCCAGUGAGCUCUCUGUGUACACACUGACAGUUAUCACACUAGAGCGCUGGUACGCCAUCACUUUUGCCAUGCGCCUGGACAGGAAGAUCCGCCUACGGCACGCAUACAUAAUCAUGUUAGGUGGGUGGGUUUGCUGUUUCCUUCUAGCCCUGCUUCCAUUGGUAGGAGUCAGCAGUUACGUCAAGGUUAGUAUCUGCCUCCCCAUGGACACAGAGACUCCCCUUGCUCUUACCUACAUCGUUGUAGUUCUGUUACUGAACGUCAUUGCUUUUAUCAUCAUCUGUGCCUGCUAUGUAAAAAUUUACAUCACUGUCCGAAAUCCCCAGUACAGCCCAGGUGACAAAGAUACUAAAAUUGCCAAGAGGAUGGCUGUGCUGAUCUUCACUGAUUUCAUGUGCAUGGCCCCAAUUUCCUUCUAUGCUUUGUCAGCUGUCAUGAACAAGCCCCUCAUCACAAUUAGCAACUCAAAAAUCUUGCUGGUCCUUUUCUACCCACUUAACUCAUGUGCCAAUCCAUUCCUCUAUGCCAUCUUCACCAAGGCUUUUCGGCGAGAUGUUUUCAUUCUACUGAGUAAGUUUGGUAUCUGUAAGCACCAGGCCCAAAUCUACCGAGGGCAGACAAUCUCUCCAAAGAAUAGCAUUGGUAUUAAUGGCCAGAAAGGUUUUCGGGGAGCAGGGAAGGCUCUUGCCAAUGUGCAGGAUGACUAUGAACUAUUCGAAAAUGUUCAUCUGACCAAAGGCGAGCAGAACCAACUCAAGGUAGACUGCAAACUGACAGUUCUAUAA